AUGAUUGUUGCCAUCGGUGCUGCCUUGCUGGGUGCUGUAAGCGGAUCACUCGGUACCUAUGCUGUUUUGCGACGGCAGAGUCUCCUCGGCGAUGCCAUCUCACAUGCCGCCUUGCCCGGCGUUGCAAUCGCAUUUCUGCUGACGGGAAGCAAAACGCCUCUGAUUCUGGUCCUCGGUGCGGCACUUGCGGGCUGGCUCGGCACGCUGCUCAUUUUAAGUAUCGUGAGGCUGACCCGUAUCAAAUACGAUAGCGCGCUUGGAAUCGUACUCUCUACCUUUUUCGGAUUUGGUUUAGUGCUGCAUACACUAAUUCAACGCACGGGCAAUGCAAAUCAAGCCGGGUUAGAUACGUUUCUCUUCGGACAAGCCGCUACGGUCCUGGAGAGCGAUGUCUUGACGAUAGGUAUACUCGGUGGUGUCGCAAUCAUCAUCAUGUUCGUCUUUUGGAAAGAGUUGAAGUUGCUGGUUUUCGAUGAGGGUUUCGCUGCAUCGCUGGGGUUCCCAAUCCGUGUGCUUGAUAUUCUGUUGACGAGUCUCCUUGUUAUAGCAAUCGUUCUCGGUUUGCAAGCUGUCGGUGCCGUCCUGAUGAGUGCGAUGUUGGUCGCGCCAGCAGUCGCCGCACGGCAGUGGACAAAUAAGCUUAGUCUGAUGAUGUUUCUCGCCGCAUGCUUUGGAGCACUGGCUGGGCGGACGAAACUGGUGAAAGAGGAUGCCGCGAUUGGGUUGACAUUCCCUGCUCUUUUCAGCAUCGGGGUGAUCCUGAUUUCCAAAUUUGCAGGCAGCGUUCACUUGGAUAUGGAUGCCGUCCUUCUCGGCGAACUUGCUUACGCCCAUUUAAAUCGACUGGAGGUCUUCGGAUACAAUCUCGGUCCCGUUUCUCUGUAUGUAAUGGGAACGAUUCUUCUGCUGAACCUCGCCUUUAUUCUACUAUUUUACAAAGAAUUGAAGUUAGCAACCUUUGACGCAAGUUUGGCUGCCGCGUUGGGGUUUGCGCCGACGCUUAUCCACUACGGUCUGAUGACACUGGUAUCCGUAACAACAGUUGGAGCAUUUGACGCUGUUGGGUCGAUAUUAGUUGUUGCUCUCAUCGCUGGACCACCUGCUACCGCUUAUCUCAUAACAAACAGGCUUUCCGUGAUGCUCACCCUGAGUGCGGUUAUCGGGAGUGUGAAUGCUGUGAGUGGUUAUUGGGUCGCGUACCUCUUCGAUGUCUCUAUUGCGGGGUCGAUUGCGACGAUGACGCUCCUCGUGUUCGGACUGGUUUUUCUGGUUGUUCCGAGCCGCGGACUUAUUGCUAUCGCACGUAGGCGGACACGCCAAAAAUGGGAGUUUGCCCAAACGAUGUUAGUGAUUCACCUCUUUAAUCACGAGGGACUUCCGGAAGCAGAGGCAGAAUCAGAGAUAGCACACCUUCAUGAACAUCUUCGCUGGGAUCCGGAAUUUGCGACCCAUGUCGUAAAAUACGCAUUGAACAACCGAUGUGUCUCUCAAGAGGAGACACUGUUAACGCUAACGGAACACGGACGCGCGGUAGCACAGCAGGCACUCGUGCAGUAA